AAUAAUUAAUUAAAUUUACCAAGCAAAACCCCAUAGUCCAAGAAAAGUACUACUGGUUUUAGUUAGUCACAUGAAAAAAAAGAAGUUAGCAUUCAUUUCAGCUUACCAAAUCAAACCACUAGAGUGGAUCAACUCAUGCACGCCAAGAAACACACAGUCCCUCACCACCAUAUAACACAUGACACCACCUUCAACUAACUCUUACCAUGCUCUACUAUUACUACUUCUACUCCCCCACACUCCUCCUCCUCAUUCCAACCUUGUGAGCAACAACAACAACAUGAGUUCCUCUCUGUCCUCCUCCCCCUCCUCCCGCGAGGUCACCGGGAAGCAUUUCUUCUUGCCGGAGAUCCAAAUUCUUGAGAUUUUUCUUGCUGUUGUCGUUUUCAUGACGAUACAUGCGAUCCGGCAACAAAAACGCCAAGGGCUCCCUGUGUGGCCCUUCGUUGGAAUGUUACCGUCGUUGGUGGCCGGUCUUCAGGACAACAUGUAUGAGUGGAUCACAGGCGUACUCUGCACUCAAAACGGGACGUUUGUCUUCAAAGGCCCAUGGUUCACCAACCUAAAUUGUGUUGUGACUUCGGAUCCUCGUAACCUUGAGCACCUUCUCAAGACCAAGUUCCCGAACUUCCCUAAAGGGGGCUACUUCCGCGAUACAGUUCGCGAUCUCCUUGGAAAUGGCAUAUUCAACGCGGACGAUGAGACAUGGCAGCGCCAGAGGAAGACGGCAAGCAUUGAGUUCCACUCGGCCAAGUUUAGAAACUUGACUACUGAGUCAUUACUCGAGCUUGUUCACGCUCGACUCUUACUAGUCUUAAACGAUUCUAUCGAGAAAUCAGAAGUAUUUGAUCUCCAAGAUGUUCUACUGAGACUCACAUUUGACAACGUUUGUAUGAUUGCUUUCGGGGUAGAUCCAGGCUGCUUAAGUCCAGGUCUCCCUGUAAUUCCAUUUGCUAAGGCUUUUGAGGAUGCAACAGAAGCCACACUCCUACGCUUUGUAACACCUACUCUCAUAUGGAAAACCAUGAGGUCUGUGGGAUUAGGGUUUGAGAAGCAGCUAAAGAGCUCAAUAAAGCGAGUCGAUGAGUUCGCGGACGAAGUAAUUAGGACCAGGAAGAAAGAGCUCUCCACUUAUUCCCCGGAGAAGAAGCAAAGAUCAGAUCUGUUAACGGUGUUCAUGGGAUUGAAAGAUGAGGAGGGAAAGCUGUUUUCUGAUAAGUUUUUGAGGGAUAUUUGUGUCAACUUUAUACUGGCUGGAAGAGACACGUCAUCGGUGGCGCUGAGCUGGUUUUUCUGGCUGCUUGACCAGAAUCCGGCCAUUGAGGAGAGAAUUCUAGCAGAAAUAUGCAGAAUAAUUGGAGAAAGGGACAAACUAAAAGAAGAUCCUGCAAAGGAGAUGAUAUUUAGGCCCGAGGAGGUGAAGAAGAUGGAGUAUUUGCAGGCUGCCCUUUCAGAGGCUCUAAGAUUGUACCCUUCUGUACCCGUGGAUCACAAGGAGGUGGUGGAAGAUGACGUAUUUCCAGAUGGGACGGUGUUGAAAAAAGGAACCAAAAUCAUAUAUGCAAUCUAUGCCAUGGGAAGAAUGGAGGCCAUAUGGGGGAAGGACUGCAGGGAGUACAAGCCGGAGAGAUGGCUAAGAGACGGCCGGUUUAUGAGCGAAUCAGCCUACAAGUUCACAGCGUUCAACGGCGGGCCCCGCCUGUGUUUAGGCAAGGAUUUUGCGUACUACCAGAUGAAGUUCGUGGCAGCCUCCAUCUUGUAUCGCUACCGCGUGAAGGUAGUGGAUAACCAUCCAGUGGAACCGAAGCUCGCCCUCACCAUGUACAUGAAGCAUGGGUUGAAGGUGAAGCUAGUCAGGCGACAGGAUUCUGAACUUUGCUAGUUCUAACAUCCUAUCAACUUUGCAAGCCUGAUUUGUGUUAUAUGUUUUGAAUUCUCUUCCUUUUUCUCUUUAUUUAGUUUGUGUCGCGUCUUAUAAAAGUUGAGAAGAAAAACAAUGUAAGCUGGGAAGGGUGAUGAGAAUGAGCAUGGAUACAGGAAUCUCAAGGAAGUCAUUACCCUUGAAUAAUGGAUUGUUUUUUUUUCUUUUAUUGGUAAGUGAAUAAUGGAUUGAUUGUUAUUGAUUGAUUGGUGAUCAGUAAUUUGAGUUAAAUUUUUAUUAA